CAAUACUUGUCGACAUACUAGCACAUUUUGAGAGGACAAGUUAAAUAUUUGCCUUAUCUACUCGUUGGCUGACUCUGCAUAUUAGAACCUGACUGUGUACACAUAAUUCGCAUGUCAUAGCACGCGUUUUUCAACUUUGAGUCCAUGUUGAUAAGAUAUCCGCGAAGAGCUAGAUUACAUAAGCUCAAAAGAACAAUGUCAGAGACAGCAAACGCCAUGUUUAAGAUCGUCAAAGAAGGUUUUACAGAUGGUUCUCAUUACGACAAAUACAGACCCGACUACACACCGGAAACGACGUCAGCAAUCUUACGUAUGCUCACUGCUGAGCAUGGUGUCAGUGCAGGUGAAAACUGUGACAUUCUUGAACUUGGAGCGGGUACUGGAAAGCUCACAAAGCAUUUGUACAAAGCACUCCCACCCGACCUAAAAUUUGUUGCUUCCGAACCAAUGUCCGAGUUCCUGACAACGCUGCGAGAACGAUGCCCAGGUGUGACCACUGUCAAGUGCACGGCCGACGUUAUACCUUUCCCAGACAACUCUAUCCAGGGCAUUGUUGCGGCGCAGUGUUUCCACUGGUUCGCUAACGAGUCUGCUUUGACUGAAAUAACUAGGGUUCUUAAACCCAAGGGGAGCUUAAUUCUCGUUUGGAAUGUGCCGAACACCGAGGUUGACUGGGUUGACGUUCUCACUAAAAAGGCUUUGACCUUUUACAACGAUGACGAUCCGCAGUAUGUUAGGUUUUGGUGGAAAGACGCUAUAGAUGCAUUUCCUGGACUAGGACUUAAAACCAGGAAACUACUUGACUACCCUACUUCUGAGUAUACCAUAGAUGAAAUGAAGACCUUUUAUUCCACAAUAUCGACAUUCGCCAGCAUGUCGGCGGACGAUAAGGAACACGCUCUGGGAGAAUUAGAGAAGGUCGUGAGAUCUCAUCCAUCCACAGCCGACAAGACAAUACUACAGUAUCCUAGAGUUACUGAUUUAUCGCAAUAUAUAAAGCAGUGA